CACAUGUUAAUGAGGGUUACUGUUGGUAUUCACAAAGCUGACAUUGACACUGCUAUAAGAACAUACCAUUUGAUGUCCCAGCCUUGCUAUGCUCAUGGUACACCUACCCUUUCCAAUGCAGGAACUCCAAAACCUUGACAACAUUAGUACCAAGUGUACACUCAGUUGCAUAGCUGUUUUCUACUCUGCAUGAAGGAUGACAGCAUUGAGGGCAUAUACGACCCUCUGAGGGAGUGCACUGUUACAAGUAAAUCUGAGGAAUUGGACAAGGAUGCUUAUUCUGCAAGGAAACUCUGGUUUGAGAUUCUAAUUUCUCAGAUUGAAACAGAAACUCCUUAUGAGCUUUUUAAGAGGUUAUUGAGUUCACAAGUCUUAACAGAAACUGCAGUGUGCAAUGCAUGCAUGUAAUAUUUCCAAUGGGUGUUCAACUGUAGGGUCUCAAUUCAAAGCAUGUGAAGUUUGUUUGAUGUAACUGCAACUGUUGCUGCAAACCUUAACAAAAUUAUUGAUAUCAAUUACUAUCCUGUUGAAAGUGCAAGGAAGUCAGAUUUACGACAUAAAUGGAUUGGUAUUGGGUUCAGGGUCUCGCUGAAACCUUCAUCCUACUCAGCAUGCCAUUCGAUUCUCUGGGGGCCAAACAGUUGAAUAAGGGUAUGUAUAUGAG